AUGGUUGAACUUCCAAAACUCGCAUUUGAUUGUAAAUUUGGCGAAGUCAAAGAUGAUUCAUCUAGGGAGAAAUUGCUUCUGCGCAUAUCUCAAAUAUUACUAGUUCAUGAUGGACCGAUCCUUGAGUUUUUGCUCUCUAUGCCUGGUCUUGAGAACGGUUGGGAAAUCAACCAGUUAUUGAGAUCUGUGUCGAAGAAAGGUACUGUUCUUCGAAAGUUGGUCCUUGAGUUUGCAAGUGGCGCCGCCAACGGUCAGUACACCUUGCAUUCAUCAGCUUUUUCGUGUCGAGAAUUGAGAAAGUUAACUCUUCGUGGUUGUGAUAUCAAACCAUAUCUUCCUCCUUCAUUCAGAGGAGUCCUUUACUCAAAUUUCUUUAUAUAUGGCUGUCCUCCUUGUGAUAUCCUUGAAGUAAACUCCCCUAAGCUCAACUGUUUGAUCUGCAAAACACAUUUUCAAACUUCGAUUCAAGUAGUGGCUCCCCGGCUAGCAACUGUUUCCAUGAUCUCGCACGUAUCAAGAAAGAGGGAGAAGCUUGAAGAAAAACAGACCAAGUUGGAAUCUAUAGGUUUUCUGAAACUUGUUAAUGAGCUGGUUUUGGAUCAUUAUUAUAUGAAGAUAGUACUACUGAAAGCUGGCUCAAGCUUUAAGUUUAAACACCUCAAAUUCCUUAUAGUAUAUGGAAUAUACUUUGGAAGUGUCAAUGAGGUCACAGGUGCUUUGCUAUUUAUCAACAGUUGCCCUAGUUUGCGCGUACUUAGAAUCGUGAAGCCGAACGAUAUCAAGUUGGAAGCUUUCACAAACAGUGAUGUGGAGUUCUUCAAAGGACUAAUGGAAAGGGAUCUUUCAUCUUGUCAUGUCCACCAGGUGGAUAUGAGAACUGUAACUGGGUAUCAGAAUGUUGUUGGCUGGCCAUUGGGCUCCUAUGUUGCGCCUCCAGCUUUCGGUGCCUUUGCUGCUCCACCUCCUGAUCCGAUGGGUCAAUAUUAUUACCAGCUGUCACCUGGAUUCUUUGGAGCUGCUCCCUCGGAGGGUUUUCCGGCUGCAGGGACAUAUGAUCAGCUUCCAAUGUUCAAUGAUAACCCAUCUAUUGCGGGCGCGUAUCCCUCUGGCGAGCCGGGGCAGGGAUCUGGGGAAGGGAUGGACAAUGUAGAUUGA